AGCUGUUGUCUUGGCAACCCAAACACAGCAGCAAGCAGCAGUUCAAGAAGGGAUCCCCUUUUUCUCUUUUAAGUCUUUUAAAAGUUUGUUUUUUUCUUCUGUUGUCAUUUAGCCGUGGUUUGAAAAGGAAAAGUAACCGAAAACCAGGUCUAUUAAACUAACCGGACAAUUUUCACCAUGCCCGUGCCAAACAUUAACGUGAGAAAGGUAUUCAUGCGAAGUUUAGCUCGCUUUAGCUAGCUAAAGGUGAAUGCUAACCAUAACUGCAAAAAAAUGGCGAGUUGCUGAGCUGAAGUCGGGUGAAAUUUCAGGCUUUUAUUUGGUAUGUUUCAGUAACCAUUUCAUUGGUUUUCAUGUGUAUUGAUAUAGGCCUCAACUGUUCAUAAAGUAUCGUUACCUGGAGCGAAGUCAACCAAAGCUGCAAGUAAGAAAAAGGUGGGUGCAGUUUGAACACGGUAAAAUAAUCAGUGUCAAGUUUUGUUCUUGUUCAAAUGGCUGCAAUUAGGAGGAGAAACCAAUGUAAUUUAUAUUAACAAACGUGUUUGUAUAUUUCAGGAUGAGGAUGAGGGCGUGGAUGCCCAUGAUGGAUGGGAUGAGUGGGCUCAUGGGAAAGCACUUAUUAAGCCUCCGGAUCAAGUGGAGCUCACAGAGGCUGUAAGCAGAUGGAGAACCCUCAUUCUGAAGAUUAUGAUCUAGCAUGGGCUGUAUUGAGGGAAUUGGCUCAGACUUUCCUGCUUUCAGUCAACUGUUUCACCAUCCAGCGUUACACAUACUUUUGCAAUCACUGCCUCUGAAAUUAGACAGCCAAGUGUGCUUAUGUGCUUUGCUUUGUCUAUAAUACCAUUAGGAACUGAAGGAGGAAGUCACAAGGGUGCUGACUGCAAACAACCCACAUGCCCCCCAAAAUAUUGUCCGCUACAGCUUCAAGGUGAGAAAUCUGUAGACACGCUGUCACUGUCCCAUCACUUACACUUCAUCAAAUACCUUUGAAAAACUCUUAACCAAGGCAGCGAGGGUUCAAAGUUUGUUUGAUGCCUUGUGAGUAGUUAUUGUAAUAAGUUUGAUUUCCCUCUAACCUUACAAAAUUUCAAAACCAACAUUUUUCUCUGCUCCUAUUUCCAGGAGCGUUCUUUCAAGCCCACCAGUGUUGUGGAUCAGAUGGCUGUUCUCUUUGUGUUGGAGGGUAGCCUUCUACACCAGGACUCUGAUGAAGCACGUGGGCUAAGGGCCAAGGAGGGUCGUACUGAGGGUAGAUAUUAAUCAUACUGCUUUAAUAUUCUGUUUUAUGAGGUCAUAGAAAUAUGUUUCAAGCAAAUAAAUUACUCCAUAGUUUGUUUAACAGCAGGCAGUGUUAGUGUUUGUAGUUGUAGUACAUGCUUGGUGCCACAGGGUGUCACUUUUGACAUGUAGUUUCAAAACAGGAUAGGUCCAGGGUAAAAAAAAAAACAACAACAAAAAAAACAUUCUGCUCAUCUACACAGUCAGUUUAUCCUUAAAUUGUUUCUGAUUUGUCCAGAGACUGUAACAGCAGGCACUGAAGCAGAGCCUGAUGAGGAGAAACCUGAGACCCCGGUAAAAAAUAUUUUACUAUAUUAAGUCAGCGCACUGAUUUAUGUUGAAGUAUGUAAUCAGUUGUCCACAAGGGAUAACAAAGUCAUGAUGAUUGAUGUGUCAAUAGCAUUUCCCCAUGUCGCUCUUCCACAGGCAACACCCAUAGAAGAUGGAGGAGAAGCUGAAGAAGCUGAAGAGGAGGAUAGGCCUGACAGUGCCGCCUCAAAAACUGGCAAGAAGGAGCUCAAAGUUACAAACCAGUUCAACUUUAGCGAGAGGGCAUCCCAAACCCUUAACAACCCACUGAGGGUAAGAUUGGAAGAAUAACCAGUCUUCUGCCAAAGAAGCAUCUUAUUUCUAAUCACAACAUACAUCCUUUACUUAGUAGUUACAAUUUCCUUAAAAACAAAAACAUAAAGAUUUAAAAUUAAAUAGUAAGAUUAUUGAUGCAUGUUAAUAAAAUUAAAAGUUAAGUCAGUUUAUCAAAAAGUGUUCCUGGAGUCUGUUUAUUUUUUCACAGCAAAGAAGCUGCCAGACCGAACCUCCUCCACGCAACAAUUUCUCUGCCACUGCAAAUCAGGUCCCACUUUGCCUGACUUUUUUCAAAGACACCUUAACAUCAGUGAAUUUAUUCACUCAAACAGGCUAACAGGAGUAUAUCUAUUCCUUUUAUAGUGGGAGAUCUAUGAUGCCUACAUGGAGGAGCUGCAGAAACAAGAAAAAAACAAAGAGAAGCAGAAAGCCACACAAUCAAAGAGUGUUGAGAAAAGCAAGAAAAAGAUGCUGCUGAUGGAAACCCAGGUAAGUUAAGUAUACACCUACUUUUCUGCCUUAUUUUGUUGAAUCUGAAGAAGUUAAAAGAAUGAGUCAAUUUUACAAGUUUCCAAAUAAAAAAAAUUCUGUAGCCUCUUUUGGUCUGAAUGAAACAAUCACUGGUCAGAAUAGUUGCCAAACAAAACAUCUUUGUUUCUCUUUUGAAUCAGGUAAUAUCACAUUGCAUUUUUUACAAAUCUGACAAACAUGCUGCUAAAAUGAAUUGCAUGGCUGAGCUUAACCAAAUAUUCAACAUGCAGAUAUUCAGUAGGUUUAACAGAUUUAAUAUGCAAUGUUCAUGAAAUGUUCCCCUAUUUCUGUUUCAGAAUGAUGACGCCAGCAAAGUGAGAAAGUCAUCCAAGAUCUUUGAGCGAAUGGUCAGUCAGAACAUAUAUGAUGACAUAGCACAAGGUAUGUUCCAGUGAAGUAGUCUUAAUCUCAUUUGAAAAUCAGACUAUGUAUUGUUCCUUUCAUUUGUAUUCUUUCGUCCCUUUGCCUUUUUGUGUUUAGAUUUCCAAUACUUUGAAGAUGCAUCUGAUGAGCACAGGGGCCAGGAAGGCACCCUUCUCUGCCUGUGGGAUUUCCAUUAUGACGGAGCCAAAAGACUGUCUGUCACUGCCCUCUGCUGGUGAGUUUUAACAACUCAACUUGACUACAGUGACAUUCACUAUUACUCUAGGAGAAAAUGUAUUCCUGCAGCCAACUGCCACAUCAUCUUGUGUAUUCAAUAAUUACAUCACCAACCAUAAGUGUUUGUAUUUCAAACAUCUGCUGAUAAACACGUUUGUUCUCAACAGGAAUAAGAAAUAUCAGGACCUUUUUGCUGUGGGAAUGGGAUCAUGUGAGUAAAAAAUGACAAGAGCUUCUUUUGAAUAUCUGUCACAGUAUUCCCCCUACUUCAUUUCAUAAGAUUGUUGAAUAUUACAUUCUAUGACAUAUAAUUUUUAAAUGAUGUAUUUUUCCCAUCCGUCUCAACCGCUCUCCCAACCAGACAACUUCACUAAACAGGGGCGCGGCAUGCUUGUCUUCUACUCAUUGAAGAACUCUGCCUACCCAGAGUACAUCUACCCCACCGAUUCUAGUGUCCUGUGCCUGGACAUCCACGAGCAGCAUUCUCACCUGGUGGCAGUAGGCUUUUACGAUGGCUCUGUGGCAGUGUAUAAUUUAAAAGAAGCGGGGCCAGAGCCUGUUUAUAAGAGCACAGCAAAGACUGGCAAGCAUACAGAUCCUGUGUGGCAGGUAAGAGUAAGAAACGAGGAAGAGAUGAUGAGAGUUCAGAGUGUGUGUUUAGUUACCCUUUACUUGUCUUAAGUUCACAGAUCAUAUAGAAACACAAAUAUGCACGCCUUGUGUACUUAAAAUUGUGGUCAUUGUAUAAAUGUUUUUGUCUCUGUUCAUGCUGGUCUCCAUCUUUGUUGAAGCCCCACAUUUUAUUGCACUAAUUCAUUUCUAUUUUUAAUGAUUUUAGUAUUUUAUACUCAGUUCCCUGUAAAUUCAGCUGUUGUUAAUGAAGUCUUACCAAGGAUGGAGGUUGCAAAUGGCUAAAAACCUGUAUGGAUUGCAUGAACUAUGUAGACUCUAUCAAACAAGGUCCCUGUGAAAUUAACAAGUAAAUAAACAAGUAAUCAAUAAAUUCUUAAGUUGACUUUAGCCGCUUUGAGAACGAUCCCAACUUAUUUUGUCGGAAGUGAAAAAAGACAGUGAACAUCAGACAUGCGAAGUUAUGGAGUUAGUCCUUCCCUUAUCAUACAGAGAAUUUUAUGUGCCAAGAAAUUGGUCUUUAAACAUUAUUUUGGCAUUUCUCCAGUGUUUCAUCUUUACCGUUUGCCUUAAAAGUUUUUCUAACAUGUAUUUCUUUAUGAAGGUGCGUUGGCAAAGUGAUGACAUGGACAACAACCACAAUUUCUACUCUGUGUCAUCUGAUGGCCGAGUUGUUUCCUGGACUCUAAUCAAGGUAGCACAUCUAUUUAAUUGUAUUUGUGUCUGCAAUAACUUUCACUACUUUUCAAAAUGCCAGUUUGUAUGUAUAUUCAGAUUUCCAAAGGUUUAUUGACAUUUGCUUGUGUUCAUAUCUAUAAAUUGUAUGAUUAAGUAUCAAUGGCCUCACCUCAGUGUCUUUGCAUGCUUGCAGAAUGAGCUGGUGUUUACAGACAUUAUCACACUUUUACCCAAUGGUGCUAUCUCUGAGGGGCCAGAGGAUUCACAGCAGGCAAGCACUGGUAAUGCUUCUUUUACACAGCAUGUGGACUGUGGUGGAUAAGACUGAAUGUAUAAAAUAUCAAUUAUGUACACUAAGUACUUGAACUGUGAUCUAAUGUGGGCUCACAUUUGCUUUUGGCCAUUGACUGUAUCAUUAUGAUUAUGAUUUCAGUUGUUUUGAUCACUGUUUUCUGCAGCAUGUGGAACAUCUCUUGACUUUCAUAAACAGAUCGACUUUCUCUUCCUGGUUGGCACAGAGGAAGGGAAAAUACACAAGGUAUGUUAAAGGAUUUUAUUGUGCAGCUGGUCAGUCCUUCAUUUUCAAUGGGCAUAUUGAUCAUGUGACCGAGGCACUCAUACACAGCAGGGAAGCAAACAAUAGCAUUAUUAUUCCAUAGAAAAGUAAUGUUAUUGUACAUAUUGUUCUUUUGACUCAUAACGUAAUGUAGAUAAAUGAGAUACAACAAAUCACUGGUUGGUCAACUAUCUUCAGUGUAUUAUGAUACAUUUUCGUGAGUAACUCCAAAAACAAUUGUAAAAAUUAGUCUUGAAAAUCACACAUUUCUCCAUUAUUUACUUAAUUAUGUUGUGGCAAAGGAGAGCCAGUGCCAGUACUCAAAUGAGUGAUAGUGAUACUAUCAUAUACCUAACUGGCAUAAGGGUCAUUUUUGAGUUUUCACUGUCCCCUUGUCUUUUUGUUGUUUUGCUUUGCUGCAUUCACAGAUAUCCUGCUGAGCUUGAUGGAGCACUUAUGUCUGUCUGUGUGGCCUGUUAGGAGAGCCUCAGGCUUGACAUUAAAGCUUUAAUGAGUCUCCUUAGGCAGAGGCUUUCUCUGUCCACGUCAGACAGCUGGUAGAUUUUGGCUGGCCUCCCAUCUUGUCCAUGCUUUUUUUUUUGACCACAGGGAGAAAGACAAUAAUAAUCCUAUUUUUUUGGAGUUAUCAGGCUCCAUUUCAUUAGGUUAAUUACAUGUUUGUUACUUAAAUGCUUAUGCAUGCAUCAUUGAAAGUUUUCUUUUACUUAAGGCUUGAGACAUGUGUGUCUGUUAUACUCAUAAAGAAUGUGCAGUAAUUGAUAUAAGAUUAUAAAGGUCAAGGUUGUUUUGUCCCAGUCAAGCAAGACCACAAGAAAUCCAUGUUCUUUUCACAUUUACACCAAUGCAGACUAGAAGACUACGAGAAUGUAAAGUUGAAUAAUCAAAAGGAAUAAAUGCUCUAAUUUUUUUAAAGCACUGGCCACCUCAGCCACCAAAUCCCUUAAUUUGUUGUCUCAAUUAAAAAAAGGGUAAUUCAAAACAAAGGCAAAAAAAAUAGAUUCUGUUUCAUUGAUGGUUAUGUAAAUCAAAAAUGAAGUAUAUGGUGUUUUCUAAAAAAAUUUUCAGUCAAAGCAGUUUUACAGCUUCAGAAAACUCAUUGGCAUUAACUACAGUGAGGGAUACAAAACGUUUACAGAAUAGAGAUGAAGUGGUGUAAUUAACUGUGGCUUUUUUGUUAUUUUAAAAUCAGUAUUUUGACUUGUACUUUAUUCUGAUUUCUUAUCAAAAUCUUUCAUUACACUUAAUUUAAGCAACCUUAACCCAACUGGUCAGAAUAAAAACUUUAGCUCAUCAGUGGCAUGCCUUACUCCCCCAUCCCCACAGGCUAAAAGUCAGUACUCAGCAUUUAAAGUACAUUUCAAAUAAAAAUCCUGUUUAUAAAACUUGAGGAGAUUAGCAGACUGGUAGUUUAACUUCUACUUAAACAGCAGUAUUUUUACUUAGCAUUUUAAUUCUCAUUCCAACCCUGCAGAGAUGUCUAAAACAUGUUGUCUAAAACAGACUGUAAGGAAAUCAAACUUUGUGAUCACAACAUCCACCUCCAUGUAAUAUAUAUAAGCCCCCCCAAAAAACAUCUUGACAGGAGUUCAUUAUUUUUGCACUAUUUUCUCAUCCCUGUCGACAUUGACACCAAAUAUUAAAACUUAAACUACCAACAAUGUUUAGUUGCAUCACGCUGACUUUGUGCCUGAAAACAUGGCUAAAGAUAAGGUCACAGAGAGAAGCAGCAGACUGAUUUUUAUCUACUUCCUUUGAUAGGUAUGGUACAUUUUCUGAUGUGCUGCCUGUUUAUGAGCUCAAACCCUUUUAUUGAAUCACCUCACAGACACAUUGUCAGACACGUACUGCAUGUGUGAUGAUAUAUGUGCUGUCUGUCACUUCAAGGUUCAGGGCCACAUCAGCCCCCAAAGAGAGGAGAUUGAAAAUCUUCACCAAGCUGCAGGUUAACAUUAAAGCUGUCAGUGCUUUGAAGUCAAACAGAUGUCCCCACUAGCUAUUUCGAUGUUUUAUUCAGGACAAUCCAGCUAAUUUAUCCCUUCAAUCCACCUCUGCUGAUGGUUUAGAGCUUUUUAACCCUAAUCUGAGAACAUUUAUAGAUUAUUCAUAUUGAGCCUCAACGGAGUUCGUUACUCUUUCAACAAUAUAAUUUUAGGUCGAAUCUGUCUUUCGUAGCUACUUCCUUCAAUCAGUGACAUCCUAGAAAAAAAACGUAUCAUCACCUUUGGAUGUAAAACUUCAUAAGCUUCAUAAGUUCAAUUCAUGACAUGUCAUACCAGUAUAAUAUUUAAUCGAUUGACUAGUCAUGAAAACUUCUGCACAGUAUUUACUUAGAGUGAACCUGUUGGAGGACAGGACAGUGAUGCUAAGUUUGGCCACAUUUUUCUCUGACCAACAACAAUAACAAUGAAGGGACUACAGGGAUUUGAUUCAGCUCAGCAGAGACAGUGUUGCAUCUGUGAUAAAUCCUUGGACUUUGUGAGUUAUCAUCUAGUAUUUCAGAAGUGAAGUCAGGUAUUGUUUACUCGGGUAAAAAAAAGAAAAAAAGAAAGAAAUAACUGCAAAUUUUACAAUGAUGCGAAUACUUUUUUUAUUUCUGUGAUCGGUUUUAAUAUGAGGGAUAGGGCACAUAGAAUGGUUCAUAUGUCUUCCUGUAGACCUAGAAUCAAGUGUUACAGUUAUAGGUCACCAUCAGUGUGCAGUGACUGUGUUUUUAAUGCUGAAUUUGAAAUAAAAAGGUACUCUUUAUACCUGUUUAUAACAUAAUUUUUGUGCCAAAUUAAGACCUUCUCUUUUUUUCCUAGUGCUCCAAGUCGUAUUCCAGCCAGUUCCUAGAGACCUAUGUUGCCCAUAGCUGGCCAGUAGAUGCAGUGAAGUGGAACCAUUUCCACCCAAAGGUUUUCAUCUCCUGCAGUUCAGACUGGACCGUCAAAAUCUGGGACCACACCAUCAAGUAAGACAACUGAGGCUGUGUUAGUUGGAUGGGGGUUGCUGCACUAGUCACUGGAACAGAUUGAUGUGGGUGCAUCUGAAAAAGCAGGUGACUCCUCUGUGGAAAACCUGAACUUGCAGAAUCUCAGUGAAACUCAAUUUCAUCUUUAAUAUUGAGUGAAAAAGGGAGCUUGUUACUCUUUAUAUGUUUUGGAGUAGCAAUUGCAUUUUAACUUUAUUUAUUUUCUUAUUGUUGGGACCACUGCCAACAGCGUGUGUUCAAGUGUAUGUGUAUAUUAAGUGGAGAGCCCAUUUUUCAUAACAUGAAAUGUAGUCUUUAGGCAUUUAUACCCUCUUCUAAUCAUUAUGGACUCAAUUUUUCCAACCGACAGUGCCUCCCACUUCUUGUCAGCAAAGGCAGUUUGACUGAAUAAUGAUAGUAAUCAUGCACCCAUUAUGAGACACAGGGUUUUCAAGAAUGAUCAAUUAUAUCCCCUACAUACAAGACAUGAUGUUUCCCAGAGAGACUGUUGACCAAAAAACUUGAACAAACUUAACCACUCAGUCAGAAGUUAGUGAAAGAUGCUCACCAAAAACUGCUGCUCCUGCUCGAUGAUAAUGUGACCACUAGGUCUUCAUUGAGCCGAAAAGCUUGAAGUGAUUGAAGGUACUUACAAUGAGUCAAUUGAUCACACAAAAGAUUAACUUGAUAGAUUUUCUCCUUCGCUUGGAAAUGGUCAUCCAUAACUUGUGAUUGCUAAAAGCUCUGACUGGAUUUACUGGAUGCGCAGUGUCACUCUGCUGCAAAACACUUUUGUGGAAGACCCUGGGUCAGAUUGAUCAUUUUUUGCAACUGAUUUAUGACAUUUCCUACACCUACCAGAGUGCAUGUUAAUCACCAACAGGCACAGCAGCAUGGCAGCAUAGAUUGUCCAUCAGUAGAGGCCUAUCUUGCACAGAAUCAAUCAGUGAAAUCUGAAGUGGUUUGUUUACCGCAUCACUCCAAUACAAGUGAAAGUUGAGAGUUAAAAUACUGGAUUACUUGCUUUUAGGAGCACUCAAGUAUUCAAGCUACAUCAAAAAAGUAAUAGCUACAUGCCUCAACCUGCUCUCUCAGAUUAGUCAGCAAAUUUUAGUCAGGUGUGAUGAAGUUUGUUUGCAGUGCAAAGAGCAAGCAUUUACAAGGACAAAAAGACACUCUUCAUUUCAUUAACCUUAAGUCUGAGCUUUGAAUAUGGCUGUGGGUGCUCAAGUGGAAAACUGUCAUCCUUUUCUGACAUAGCCAUCAUUACCACCACUAAAUGAACUGCCUGAACUGAGUGACAUUUGCCCCGCCUUUGCUUCUAAAUCCAACCAUGGAGACAUAUGACAGGCACAGCAACACCAUUUAGACAAAUCACAGAACUACACAAACAAGGUUUGUUGUCUUUUGGAUCAUAUUCUAGAAAAUGAUGAAAAUCAUCAGCUGAGUUUAGAGCAGUAUGAGGAGUGACAAGAAUAUGCAUGGAAAUGUAAUGAGGUCAAAAAAUAGAAUAUUUGUCCUUCAAAUUUAGUGGAAUAAAAAGGCAUUUCUGUUACUGUCCACCACUGAUCCUUCCUGUAUAUUUCCCGUUAUCUGUUUUCUGAAUUCAACAAAAAAUACAUGCACAAGAAACAUAUGGAAGAAUUUCUUUUUUCUAGGUAGGUUAAUCUGCAAAAGUUAGUAAUAUGACUCUGUAUAAAACAGGCUGGUAAGACUUCACUUUAUGCCUCUCUCUGUAACACUUUCUAAAUAUAUGUAUAAUGUGUUAUAAUCACAUUAUAGCACUGUAUAACUUUAGUUAUAAACACUUAUAAAUGAUCAUAAUGCUUUAUAGCAACAAUCAUAACACAUUAUAAAGCAUUUUAUCAUGACUUACAAGAUCAGGUAUCAUAAUGUGUUAUAACUGUUAAUAACUCACUUACAAUGCCCGCAUAGAUAAUGCAUUAUACAUAUAUUUAUGAUAUGUUAUAAUUUGCUUAUAAACUUGUAUGACUAUCAUUACUAUCACUCAUUAAUUAUCAUAAGGCUUUAAAACAAAAAGCAUAACACAUUAUAAUACCUAACCUUGUAAGUUAUGAUAAAAUGCUUUAUAAUGUGUUAUGAUUAUUGCUAUAAAGCAUUAUGAUCAUUUAUGAGUGUUUAUAACUAUAGUUGUACAGUGCUAUAACGUGAUUAUAACGCAUUAUUUAUAUAUUUAUAAUGUGUUACAGAAAAAGGCGUCAAAUAAAGUGUUACCAAAGAACUGACAAGGACUGAGUCUCCCAGAAGUGAAGAGAAAAAGAGGUUUAUUAAAGAUUCGCUGAAAAACUGCCAGAGAAAAUUGUCCUACAAUGUCAGACUAAUGUUCCUCAGCUUAACAUUACAAAGAAUGCGGUGAUUUCAUCAUCUACCUGACCACCUGAUAUCAUGAGAGAAUCUGGAAGGAAAUUAGAAAACUGUGCUGUGGUCUGACAAAUCACAAUGGCAUUCUUUUUCAAUAUCAUGAAUGUGCUCUCCUCCUAUCUGAAGAGGUGAGGGAACACCCACCUUCUUAGCAUUAAGCCAGUUCAAAACUAACUUCAGUCAGCUUCUGGACAUCACACCACGCUGAUCGAUAUAGAGGAGGAGGUGAGGCAUGUUACCAUCCAGACAAAGCCUUUUUCAGGAAAGACCUUGUAAUUUUCAGCAAGAUAAUACCAAACCACACAUGACAUGAUAAAAGAGUCUGAGUUCUGAACUAGCCUGUCUGAUCACAAACACUACAUGCACAUCAUUCAACAAUAAAUAUGACAGAGGAGAACUGUGGAGCAGAUGAAACCCUAUUUUAGGCGAGUAUGGGUAAACAUUUGACUUUCAAAACUCCAGAAACUGGUCUACAUAAUGGUAAACAUGCCUUUGUCUCUUUUUUUAUCUGAAAUGUGUUGCCUGAAUCAAAUUAAUAUAAGCUUUUUUUUUUUUUUUAAAGACGCGAGUGCUGCUCAAAGUCAAAAAAUAAAAGUUGAGUAAUCAGGUUCACUUCAAGAAUAAUGGACUAAGUUCAAUGUGCAGAAUAAAUAAAACUGUCUUGGUUGUUUGCAAACAAAGUUUAUGGCGAGCAAUGGCAGCUCAAACUGAAAAUCUAUGCACUCAUAUUCUGUAUAUCUUGAGUUUAUAGUCAACAACAAGUUUGUGUUUUGCAAUAGGAUUUUUCACUUCCUAUUGCAAAACACAUAUGCUGCGUUCUCUUUGCACUUUGUAUACUAAACAUUUGAUUUAAAUGAUUUAAAAAAAAUCAAAUUCUCUCUUUAUUAAUAUUUUAUAAAGCAUACCAACUCUUUUGGAAUUAGUGUCGUAAAAAGUUUUCUGAGAUGUUUGUUGUAUAAUUAAUCACUGACCACCAAAUUACACACUGACCUCGAGUACAAAUUACUUACUUUGAUGUAUGUAGGUUUUUAUUCCUGCAUCACCAAACUAGGAGCUAUUGAAAAAAGGUUCCACUCAUCCUGUCUUUCACUCACCUGCACACACUCAGUCCCACUGUUUGAAGAAGGCCUGUAAGUGCCUGAUUUCAGCUCUUGGAAAUAUUUCAUAUCCUCAUCUUGCUUCCAGUGGGGUUUCACAAGUUAAUAAUGUGAGGAAACAAUGUGCAGGAGCCUUUUCUUCAUCUCCACCACUCAACUCUGCCAGGCUGGUGAUGAGGCAUCGUGCCUGGACAGACUAUAACCGAUUACCAUGGAUGACAGUCUCAAGAUGGUUUCUGUCACAGGAAACUUGGGUAGAGGAGAAAUCAGAGAUGUAUGUGUGCACUGAUCAGAGCACUUUAAGAUUUAGUAAACUGUCUUAGUCAUACCGAUAAUCUCAGAUUUUUAGGAGGACACAAACUGAUGACUUGUUGUUGUUGUUGUGUUCUUUGAAUGAAACCAAGUCACAAAGUUGAAAAGCAUUCUGAGCAAUACAAUGAAAAGUUACAAAUUUCCUCCCUGACUUCAGUUGUCUGUGUUUUGUUUUCAGCACUCCGAUGUUCACCUUUGACCUGAAUGUAGCUGUUUGCGAUGUUGCGUGGUCGCCAUACUCCUCCACUGUUUUUGCUGCCGUCACAACUGACGGUACAGUAAGUGUUACAUUUCCUAGUCCACUGUUUAACUCAUUGAGAUUCAUUGCAAAUACUGUUUAUACUAUUCCUUUUUAAAACCAAGGGUUUAUCAGUUAUGAAGGAUCAGAUUUUGUAUUUUUAUGUGGUAUUUAACAAAGAGCUUGUUAACCUAGCUGACAAAAAUGGGAUGGUCAACGAAGUUUGUUUCAGCUUAGCUUGUCAGACUGCAUUAGUUGAGGUUUGUUCACAUGAGAAAGAAGCAGCUAGUUAGAAUUAGGCUUAGGAGGGCCACAUCAGGUGAUACUGUAUUAGAUUUGAUAUUGAGCUGUAUUUUUAGUCAGCAAGUUCUUUUAAUCAUAUUCAUAGUAGUACAGGCUGACUUUCUCAGUCUUGUUUGCAGAUCUAUAGACUCUUUUCUGAAGAUUAUGAUUAUUUUCCUCACAUAUCUGCUGCACACCCUGGAUAACAUGAGCCUGACCCUCAAGAUAAAGUGUUAUUACAAGUGACAUUACAAACAGCCGCACCAUCCAGCCUCUAGUCGACCUCUUCAAUAUUGUCAUUAUAGCACAGAUUUUUCCAGGUUUCGCCCUUUUUCCAAUAAAGGUGGCCAGCCUUCUGCCUUGCCAGUGGUUAUUGAUUGCAACCCAAAGUAGAUACAGAAGAUGCCACACUGCUUAUCUCCACAUAUUUUUUGAAGUAAAGCUUCAAGCUGUCCCCAUCUGUUUGUUGCGGCACCAGACUGUGCCAUGCUAUAAAAGUCUGGAGUGUUAUGUCUGACACAUUUCCUGUCCAGUGUGCCAAGGGAAGAAGAGUGAGAGUGACAAAGAGGAAAUGAGAGCCGAGCAAUUUGAGGGACACCUUGUGUGUGUGGGUGCGUGGGUGCGUGCGUGCGUGCGUGUGUGUGUCUGGCGUGCGUGCGUGCGUGUGUGUUGUGUGAUAGAACAACACCACUUCUACUGGUGUUAAAGGUAACAAACUAGCAUAUAGUCGCUUCUAUAACAAUGUUUUUUACAUUAUUUUUUACUCUUUAUUUUUUUCAAUGAGCUAUGACAUUUUACACACUUUGUUGCUGGUUGUCCCUCUUUUUAAAAUGUCAUUGGAACUUGCCAAACAAAUCAUAUAUUAUUUUUUAGAGGUAGUGGAAUACUCCCACGCCGCCAGCAUUUUCUCUUGUGUGCAACCAUGAAAACACAUCAGAGUUUAACCAACAAGCUACUUUUGUAGCUCUUCAAGAAUUCUUCUGUAAAUCAGCAGCCAGGAGAACUUGCAUACAAGCACUGAACUGAUGCAACAAAGGUGUGAUCAGAUGCAGAUUAUCACCAGCCACUGGGUGCAUGACAUAUUCUCUGCUGGUAAUGUAGAUGUCUGUGUCAGUUUAUAGUGACGUUCGAAUGCAACGUCACGUUCCAUAGACUGUAUAUAGAAUGGACAGAGUCUGCCAGCCUCCUCGCUGGGUGAAGCCACCCCGAGAACAGCACCCUCUGGUGGUUGAUGGACUGCAGUAUAGGUCAUAAAUCCCACCUCCUCCUGCAAACUUUAUGGAGCUGUAGACAAACUUUAGAAAUUAGUUAAACAGAAUAUACAUUUUUUCCCCCCUGGUUGCGAUGUUGACAUGUAGUUACUGUAAGACUGGUUUGUGCUCAAGUCCUCUUUUUUUCUGUGCAGCUCAAUUUUUUUAAAGCUAUUAAGGGGUUAAUGCUUUCUAUGAUUGACACUUGAUACAGCCUAUGGGCGUACAAAGGUUGCAAGGAUUACCCAGUGAUUCGCUGCGUACAAUGCUACUGGGGUGGUUCCAGGAAUUGGAGAAAAUCACACAAAUACCAAGAGAAAUUUGGCUUUAAAUUUGUGUAAUGACAGAAGGCAGAGCCGAGUUGUCCGUAGUAUAUACUGUCUAUUGUCCCUACGAAGUUGUGGAGAAAAAUUUCAGAUUCCAAAUUAACUCCCAUCAAUGAAGCUCCUUUGAGGAAUUUUAGGUUUGUGUAAAUGUUGGCACUCCCUGUGGACAAAGUGGUCCUGCUAACCUUGUCCUAUUAAUUUCUCAGUAGUGUCUUUUGACAAAAAAAAUUUAACUGCUGACUGUGGAUCAUCAAACGUAUCAUUUGUUGUAAAUGUAUUAUGUGAAAAUUGUGAAAACAAGGCUGUUUUUUAAGCUGCCUGGUUGAUAACUCCCCCUUGUACCAUUCUCAGGCAUUUACAAUUGCAAUUUAGGAAUCACAAAUCUCGACAAUGAUGGUUCUAUUUGCUUUUAGAUAUCAUGAAAAGGCAUCACUAUAAAUUGAAGUAAUUUUCGUAAACACUCAAAAACUCCCCAUGGAAGCUUUAAAUAUAAAUGGUGAAAAUUAAACAGUAAUGAUAAUGUCCAAAACCAAGAAUUAAAUAGUUGCUUGUUGGAUUCCAGACAUCUUGCCAAGAAAUGUUUGUAUGAAAUGACUUUGCUAGAAAGCGUCCAACAUCCCAGCCCUUUAUAACCAAAGUAAUUUAGUCUCUGAAACUAGAUCAAAGCCCUUUUAAGCAGCCAUUAAAAAACUCAUUAAAAGCUCAUCAGUUGGCAUACAUUGCACAAGCACAGUAUCGUCUCUUUUCUAUGCAGCAGGAGGGACAAGAAUAUUAAAUGGAAGUUUAUUUAGGUCAGUGCAUGUCGUCCGUUUUAUUUAUUGUACUGUACCAAAAGCUGAAAUCAGCAAUCAAGUCAGACUUUAAGGAUUUUACAGAACAAAACAGCUCAGAUUUUGAGAGAGGGUUUACAUAAGAAAAUGUAUAUUUCCUUUGUAAUAUAUUUUUUUAUUGUGAAAAAAAACUCACCUGUGUCCAAACAGGGCUGAUUUAUGAAUCCUCUGUUCUACAUCCAAGGCCAGGCCUUAUCUGUCCUGAGCAUAUGGUUGCUGUCAAAUUUUGACGUAUGGCAGAAUAUUGUCCGAAUUCUUACCUUCUGUAAAGCAGUUGCAUAAGUUCAUUAUAAUCAUCUCAAGGUUUUUUGCAAAACAUUUGUCAUUUUUAAUGAUGAGCUUCUGAUGAGCUUCAGUAACACAGCAUGAGUUUGGAGUUUUUUGACGUGUAUUUACUGUUGACCUGCUGCUGCACUGCCAAAUGUCAGAGACACAGUGGCGUACCUGGUUCUAUCUGCGUGUGUGUGCGUGUGUGUGCAUGCGUACGUACGUUUGUGCGUGCGUGUAAGCCUAUGUCCUUGUGUGUAUGUGUUCAUAUUAAGAAUAGUGCCUGGUCUGGCAGUUUAAGAUGUAAGACUGGCAUUGUGCAGUACUAACAAAUACCCCCUCCUCUCUCCCUGUCCUUGCCUUUCAGUCUGAGCUGACUCUUGUGAAAAUAAAGUGUCAGGAUGAAAUAACGAGAGGUCCCGGCUUAUCCCCCUGUGAUUAGUCUCCAAAUCCAUAUUUGCUGUCUAUGCAGCUUCUCUUAGACUUCUGCUAAUGCACUGCCACAUAUUUCAGUUAGUUUAUGCAUCAGCCCUGGCUAUAAUUUUAGAUACCUGUACAUCAGCCUAAAGCAAUAAAACCACAUAAAAUGAAUUAAAAAACAAUAUGCAGUACUAUGUAAGUUUGAUGAUUUAUCAGCAGCCACAGUGAAAGUCUCUCUGCUUCAAGCUCUUGCUUAAAUUACCCACUGUCUCAUGUUACACUAGUUUCCAAACAUUGCAUACAGAAACCUUGCAGUUAAUGAGUGUUGUGAUGAGGGUUAAAAAAAAGUCAUAUACUGGGAGAAUAUGAUGAUUGGGUGUAAGUGAUGAAUGAGGUGCUGGUACACACAGACAGUGUGAACCCUUGCUGCUAGGGCACAGUCAUCGUUCUGGUAAAAGGAGUGGGCUGUGCUUUGAAGUGGGCUCAUUUGUGGUGAACACAUUUUCUAAAUACACUUAGGUUGAAGGAAGACUAUCUGUGAUCUGGAUCCCUCUGGAUAGUGAUGCCUCUGAUUCUGUAUGGGGGCUGUUUGCUGCAGGAGACACACGUUCAUAUUGUACGUGCACACUGACAGGAGUGCACAAUCCCUGAAUCACUGGAAAAACCUGUUCCUUGCACCAGAUGGUCAGGCUUAAAUCCCCUGUAGAGACUUGGGCUCCACCAUUCCCCUUCUAUGUUAAAAGUGAACACAUACAGAGAUAUGAAAAAGUAGCCUUUAAAAACCGGUUAUAUUUACCACUACAGAGUCUAGAUAUGGUGGUCAAAAACACAGGCUUUUUAAUUCAUUAGCUACUAGUAAUAAUGUCUCUCACCUUUUUUCAGGUUCAUGUUUUUGACCUCAACAUCAACAAGUAUGAGCCCAUCUGUGUGCAGCAAGUGGUGGCAAAAAAGACUGCGCUGACCCACAUUGAGUUUAACCCCAUCUAUCCUAUCAUCAUCGUGGGUGAUGACCAGGGCUGUGUCACCAGUCUUAAACUCUCCCCUAACCUCCGCAAGAAACCCAAGGUGAGUCUCACUGAGUUGCUGGAGUCACCCUGUUGAUUCCAAUUACUUAAGCCUACUCUCUACACCUAUUAUAAAUCUGCCUCUAAGUGGUAAGAAGAUAAAACUGCCUUUCCAAAUUACAGUUUCACCUCUCCAUGUUUUCCCCUCAAGCUGAUUUGUCUUCAUACCUAGACUUUUUAAACAGAGCUUGUCAACAUCACAAAUUAGGUACCAAAUUUCUAACUACUUUAAGUGCUGCGGAGGUGCUAGUUUACCCUGUAAGGAACUUUUGUGCUCUCUCAUCUUAUCUGUAAACAAUCAGGAUGCAUGACCACCCUGAUGUAUUAUUCAUCGCUGCCACUUGUUCAAAGUCAGUUGAAGCAGAUUGCAUGAUUUAUUCUACACAGAGUUCUAACCCCAAGCCAAUGUCACCGAGUAACAACGCCACAUGGGGCCAGCUUUCUCCUCCCUUCCAAGCAGCUCAUCAUCAGCAACACUAAUCGCCUGCAUUUCUUUCUGUCUAGCUCAUGAUAGCCAGAUAACAAAUAGCCUUACUUUGUAGUUGAAUAAGCACAGAAAUAAGAUAACUGGAAAGCAUUACACUAAAUCAGCUUGACAGUCAGGACCAGAUUGGUCACCCAUUGUUUAAAAGACUAGCCAAACAACCAAAGGUGGUCUAUUCGUUGUUAUUCAUGCUGUCAAAUUUGUACUAUAUGACAUGAUGUAAUGGGAAAAGUCAUCUAGAAAUACAUUUUAUACUCAAAGAAAAGUGCAGCUUUACAAUGAAUCAAAAUGCCCCUUAAAGACCUCUCACAAUUGAUGAGUCACUGAAGACUCUGUUGCCACUUAUGACACUGGUUAAUGAGCUGUGGAGUAUUCACUGUGGUCCUACUGAAUACUGGAGGAAACCAAAUGGCACACUGAGUCACAACACUUUAAUCAGGGCCCAUUUAGUACCAGCUCUGCAGCCUCUACAGUUCCCUCCUUUGUGGUUUAUGUAAAAUAGAAGAGCCCCUUAAAUGUCAUAUAAAUCUAUGCCUGUAUUGAUUUAUUCAUAUUAUGCUGUUGUGCAAGAAUGACUUUGUCGUACCGGGGUGCAACAAAUAUGAACAACUCUUCUGCAUACCCACACGUAGACAUGGUGAGUGUGCACAGAGUAACAGCAGAUACACACAUCCUGUGCCACCUCAUUAGCGACCUCAGACUGGAGCCCUUAAGCAUACAAUUUGGAAAUAAUUGCACAGUUCAGCACCACUGACAACGCUCAGAGUAUUUUGGAACCCAUUGUGGCAAAUAAGCAUGAGGCACAAACACCCACAGCAAAUAUUAUCAGUGAUACAUCUUAUAAAAUUGUCACAGCAGCCCACUAAAAAGUAUCAAAAUUGGUUUGUUGGCCCAAUAGAAUAUCCAAAAUACUGGCACUGUGGCCUAUCAGUUCACAUUAGAGCAAUAUCACAGUAUUGUUGUCAUCUACUCUAAAGGGGGGUAUUUUCCACAUUUACAACAAACCUGCAAAGUUACACGUUUGGUGUCCAUACUUAAUGUUUGCAAAGUUUCAAAUCACAAGGUAAAUGUAUGUCACCAUAAUCUUAGAAAAGAGAUAUAAACUGCUCAAAUCUCGAACAAGUGCGCAAAAUUGCGUGACAGUACUUUAUGUGUGAGGUUAACUAAAAUUUUGACCUAAGAAUUAUAUGACCUUGAUACUUGUUCAUCUGUGCUUCCGGCUAAGUAGAACAGCCUGACUCUAAUAACGUGUGAGGUGACACUCACAGUGAAGCGGCAUAACCAUUAUAUACAUUUAUGAUGUCCAUGGGGUUAACAGUGCUCAACUGAUGCUCGAUCAUAAUAGAGAAAGCGGGGCCAAAACAACGAGCUCAGCCCUCGGCCGGCUUCCAGAGAUGUGGCCAAUCAGAAGAAAGUAGGCUUGUGGAGGGGAGGCCUUAAAGAGACAGCAGCUAAAACAAAGUGCUUCAGACGCAGGCUGAAACAGUGAUAAUUUAAAACACCUCUGUGAGAAAUUUGAGUCUUUUUUUAAUCUGAAAAUCACAGCAAUUACAGAGGUGUCAGAAAGAAAGUAUAAAAUCUGAAAAAUGCAUGAUACGCCACCCACCUUUAAGGGCGUUCAAAAGGCAGAAAAGGUAGUCCAACUUCUUGAUUUCUGUUAUGUCCUGUGGCUCUAUUCAUAUUGAUGUAUUGAUUAAGCCUGGAGUUGCCAAACCCAGCUCAUAUUCAUUUUGGCUGGCAGAUGGGUCUGAAACUGCUGUCAUCCUUACUGAUUUCCCCUCUGUGCCGGAUAUGCAGGGCCAAUCACAGUCCUUCGUUCCACAAAAUGACGACACAGGGUUGUACUUCAGCAUAUUCAAAGGAACCAAGAUGACAGCUUCAGGUGUCUCAAACCCGCUACUGCAGCAGAUUCAAACAAAGUCAAUGAUGUAUAUUAAUGAAAACAAUAACUGGCAAUUUUAGUUAUGGUGUUUCAAUGAAAGGCACUUCUGCAUACAGCUAUUGUUCACGCCACUUUAGGAGAGGAAGUGAAUUGAAUAGGUCCAGACCCAUUCACUGGCAAUGCCAGGCUAAUAUUGAUUGUUUGCAGCUUCCAAAAUCAAAUUUUAACACUGUUGACCUUGCCAAAGUAGAAAGUUCUGAGGGCUCUUUAAUGAAAAGAGUGAAUAUAUCCAAGUAACUUUCCCAGUAUGCCUGAGGGCUACAGUGAUAGAUGAUGUAAUGUCAGUCGUGUGUUGUUACCCUGUACACAUGACGUGACACAUGUUACUCACCUGUGCCACGCCAUGCUGUAAAUGUCAUAGGAAUUGGGAUGUUGACAAAGAAGUCUUCAGAGUUGUGCUCAUGAUGCAUGAUGUGCCUGAAAAUGCACAUAAUAGUGUAAAUUAAAGACAAUUGAAUUUACACAAGCUCUGUUUGUGUUCAUUACAACACAGUGCUCGGUUCAACAAUGUGCAGCAUGAAUGUUCAUCUCAUCUGUUCUCUUUUCAUUGGCCUCAAGUCUCUGUUGCCCACUAGAAACAAGAGGCGGUUGCAAUAUAAAAACAGCAUUAUGCAAUACUUGUGAGGGUCUAUUAAUCACUACAGUUACCCAGAUUACAAGAUUUGUCAUCACCUGAACAUUGGAGUGUCAAGAAAAAAAAUACACAAAAUCAGAGGACAUGUAAUACAAGCCUAAGUGUUUAUGUUUACCACACUCACAAACAGAGAAGACAAAACAAAAUUAAUAUUGCUGUUAGGGACUCAAUAAGGAGAAACAGGUGUCUAUAAUAUAGACUGCAAGUUUUACCUCAACAAAGAGCUGGUUUGUGCACAUUCGGCCUUUCACGGAGAAGCUUUAUUGAGCCAUUCAUCAUGGCAGUGAUAUUAUGUUGCAAUGAGAUUUGAUGCUCAUCCGUUCAGGGAACACAGCUGUCUGUCUGGAUCAACUCCCUUGCUGUCAGCUCCUUCAACCUCAAAAUAGCUACACAGGAAUAAAAAUAAACACCUUUUGAUAUAAUACGCUAUACGAGCUUCAAACGAGUAGUUAUGAAGGUCAUCUGUUUAACUGUGUGGACGACUAGAACACUGUCAACUCUGGUGUAACGUCAUUCCCAGCUCUGACAUCUGACUUCCGAGGUAACUGGAGUGCAGCAUUUGAACAAGGGGAAAUUUUUUAAGCCCUACUUACGCCUAUCACCCCAACAAAAAUCCUGACAAAUUACACAUUGUCAAAUUUAUCGAAGAAACAAGGAACAAGUGACAUCAUGUGCCAUAAUAAAUAAUUGCACUUCAAUCAUUAUUGUUGCUCUUUAGUUCUACGUUACAUUUCUCUCCUGUUUUCUAACUGAUGCUGUCUUAUAAUUUUAAUGUUCUUUUAAUUUCAGCUACAUGUAGGAUAUUUAUUAUUAUUUUGUGUGUGGGUCUUUUGUUUACAGUGGAUGAUAUGUAUUGUCAAUAAAAAAAAGACACUUAAGAAGAUAGGCAUAAAAUAAAAAAAUAUCCCCCUGUUUGUCGUGUUCCACCUGUCACGUCUCCAUUCCCCACCAGCAGGGCAUGCCCCACAUUUUGAGAAGCAGAGAAAGAUUUUUUUAAAGAAAUAACUACAUAGGAAUCAUAUUAUUUCCACUUUGAUAUGCUGUACAGUCCUCUUCUUAAAUGUUUGUUUAAGCAUGAUGUCAAGUGAUCUCUCUCUUUCUGUCUCUGUCUUUGUGAAGACCAAGAAGGGUCAAGAUCUGCCUAAGGGUCCUGAAGUGGAAAUAGCCAAGAUGGAGAAGCUCCUGAGUCUGUUGAGGGAACCAGAGCAGAGCACAGGUUAACAUGGCUUUCCUGUUUUCUCUCCAGUAACAUGGACUUUUAUUCUCUUUAAAAAAAAAUUUAAAAGAAAACACCCUUUUGGCCCAGUGUGUGCAGCAAUAAAUACCACCAGCAUAACAAGAGAACAAUUUGUAUAUGUUUAUUAUAAACAUUUCCUCUGAUCCCUCUUAAGCGGUUAAUAAAUGAUUCAUAUUCAAUUAAUAAUGCAUUCAUUUUUACUGCAGUAGCUGAUACAUAUUAAACAGGCAACAUUGGAAUUCCAUCAACUUGACUGACUCUUCUGCAGAGAUCUAUGAAUCUCUUUCUGAGUGUCUUGUACAAGUUGACUAAGCUAAAAUGUGAGGAGAGAGAGUUACUACAAGUGAACAGGGACAUAAAUAAGCGUAAUAGAUGGAGCUUUUAUGGACCACAUCCAGUUGACUUAUCUUGGCUGGCAUGCGCCAUCCUGGGCAUCUGUCCAGGGAUGAUCUGGGAGCCUUUCAAUAUCCCAUCUACAGGGAGAACUUUGCUUUGAGUCAUGGCAGUGUCCAUCUUUAUUUAGCCCUUUUCUACAUUCUCCUAUCUUAAUGAACUUGUCCUUGAGUAAAAGCACCACCCAGAGCUUUGAUGCUCUGUUGGAAUCAAAUACUGCCACAGUGUUCAGGGCUGUCUUUUUUCUCUCUCUCUCUCUCUCUUUCUGUGUGUGCACCACAGAGCUCCUCUGCCUUUUACAUCUGCCAGUGGCCACAUGCAGCACUCCCUUAAGUGUGAUUCAUUGCCUCAUCCCCACAAGUGCAGUUAGAGAGAGACGCAGAAUCACCUAAUUUUUACAGCCAAUACAUUACAAACGAUUUUUGGGUGUAAUUGUUGUAACAGUUACUUUCUUCCUGCAGUGAGAGUGAGGAGAGUGCAGAUUUGCUUUGUUCUGCUGUUUUGUUGAUGCUGCAUUUUGCAGAGUGUUGCUGCUUGUAUCAUGUUUGGGUUAGGUGGGGGAGUGGUCUUGUGAUCAGAGUAAAACAAAGGUCACAUUUUCAGUGUAACAGCUGCAGUAGUGACUACCACAGAUGGUAAAAUAACUCAUAACAUGUAAUUGAUGAGGUGAUCUCCAGGGGCUUUUCAAUAACGGGAAGUCUGCUCUGCUGUUUUCAUGUUUCUCCUUCAGUUGUUUAACAGGAAUGGCUUUCAACUUUUCAAAACUUCAUCUUUUCUUGAUUUUCUCAUCAGACAUUUUUAUCCCCACUGAGCAUUUUUUGGUCUAAAAGAGGUGUAACAGACAUCUAAAUGUAGCCUCGACGACUGGUCUAAAAUCAGGCUACCACAGGUCUAAAAAUGAAAGUUUUUUUAGACGUCUAAAUUUAGAACCAACUUUAGACUAAAUCUGGGCUAUGUCUUUACUGCACUGUAUAUUGCUCAACAGCUAUCAUAAUUAUUUUUGGUUAAAUACUCGGAGAUCAGUUAUGCAACUAACAGUUGCUUUUUGAAAUAAACGAUUAUCGAAUAAUGGGUUAAAGUGCAACGUCUAAAUUCUGUCUAAAAAUAUACAGAAUCUAAACGGUUGAAAUUAGGUCUAGAAAAAAUUAGACGUCUAAUCGCCGUCUAUUGCUCAGUGGGUCUUUGCUUUGCAUCCUGAUGCAUUGAGACUGUUUUGGAGACAAAUAUAUGUUAUUUUUCCUUUGCUAUCAUUUUCUCUUCUUCAAAAAUCCUCAACGUGACAAAAUUAGCUAAUGAAUGUAACUUUUCUAAUACUCUCUCUAUCGAGCCACUGCUGUUUUCUGUUGAACAGCUAUGCAAACAUGGUUUCAGGUCAGUCACUCUGAUAAUCUGUUUGGUUUUAGUCUUUGUUGUGGUGGGCCAGAGGGAGGAUGUUGUGGUUAACAAACAAAGUUGUCAAAGCAUGUUUUUGAUGCUUCCACUAAGGUCCCCCAAAAUCUGAAUUAUUGAAGUUCACAUUUUUUAAAGAUCUGGCCUCUCCUAUUUCACUCUCCAGUGUUUCUAAGAAAACAGCCUAAAGCCUGGCAGCUGUUGCUCAGUUUGAUAUACAGGCCCCAUUUUUCCUCGACAACAUGCCUUGUUUAGUCUGAAGUUGCAGCACAGUUAUAUAGGUUAAAUACUUGAGUAUUGAUCAUUCAUAUUUGUAUUGAUGUCUCUUUGAGACCCUCAGAACUGAAUAUGAUAAAUCUCUCUGCGUGUGAGUGUCCUGUGAUUCAGAGCAGAGAGAGUGGACCAUCACUGACAGCCACAAGCAGAUGUCAGUGCGAGGGUCGUAUUGAAGAGGACACAAAUCUGAACUAAGCCUCUCUAGUCCUUACGUAACACCCUCAGAAAGAACUGUGCCUUACAGA